AUGUUCAUCUUUACGCAAAUAUUUGAGAAUAUAUUUGCUGUGCUGGGACAUUGGGCAAACGUCGCAUCGUUGCUAGUCUUGCGCCUGCUUCGUCCCAAAGCCUCCAGCACCGAUGAUAUUGAGCAACAAGGCGACAUCAAGCGGCAUCCAACCCGCCCGCCUCCCUCUCUCGAGUACAUUCCCGUUUACGGUGAAUGGGAACGAGAACGCUACCCUAACUUGCCCGAUGCCAGAUUCCAGAUACCCGCCACAAAGGAGCAUGCUGGGCAGGUCCACUACCUCCGCAAGGGAGACUUGAUCGGCUUUGGAACCACUGCGAUGGUAGAACGACUGCCCUCGGGCGAUGCGAUUGUGAAGACGCCUCUGCAAAACCCCCUCAACCCGGCCGAAGAACGCAUGAACCGCGAGGCCGUGGCUCGCGAAGCCGAGGUCUAUCAACGCCUGAGCAGUGGCGACGGGAAUGACAUGCCGACAAUCCCCAAAUUCCUGGGCUGGGAUGCCCAGUCCUGCACUCUGACCAUUGAACAUCAGUCCAACGGCGAUCUGGCUACAUACUUCAGGGACAAUGACGCCGCGAGCGGUGUGGACCUCGAAACUCGUGGAAAGUGGGCGAUCCAGGCAGCUCGAGCGCUGGCGAGCCUUCACGACAAACAAGUUAUCCACGCCGACGUCGCCCCCCGCAACUUUCUUUUGAAUGACGGCUUGGAUCUUCGUAUCUGCGAUUUUGCUGGGAGCAUCUUUCCUGGGGGUCCUGUAGAAACAGGCGCUCCAGGAUCGAGGUAUCAGGCGGGACCUUGGAGGAGGGGCUAUGUACCUACCAAGGCUGACGACCUUUUCGCUCUUGGAUCGGUACUGUAUUCGAUUAUGACUGGCAAUGAGCCCUACAGUGAUCUAGUAGAUAUUGAGGUUGAACGUCGCUUCCAAGCAGCUGAGUUUCCCGAGACGGGCUCCCUCCAAUACGGUAGUAUUAUAGAUGACUGUUGGCACGGUAGGCUUACUACUGCUCAAGCUGUGGUGCAAGCUUUGAAUAGGUAUAGUGCGGAGAGUAGUUCAUAG